AUGUCGCUUCUUCUGGCCGCCGCCGCCGCCGCCGCCGCCUCAGCCCACGGGCGGGAGGAGAGCCCUCGCCUCGCGGAACAUGCCGAGGGCCUCGGGCGCCGCCGGCCGUCAACGCACCCUUGGCGGACCCCCCCCCCGCCCCAGCGCACCCUUGGCGGAACCCCCCCGCCCCAGCGCAGCCUUGGCGGAACCCCCCGCGCCCCGGCGCACCCUUGGCGGACCCCCCCCGCCCCAGCGCACCCUUGGCGGAACCCCCCCGCCCCAGCGCACCCUUGGCGGAACCCCCCCCCGCCCCAGCGCACCCUUGGCGGACCCCCCCCGCCCCAGCGCACCCUUGGCGGACCCCCCCCGCGCCCCAGCGCACCCUUGGCGGACCCCCCCCCGCCCUUGUGCACCCUUGGCGGAACCCCCCCGCCCCAGCGCACCCUUGGCGGAACCCCCCCGCCCCAGCGCACCCUUGGCGGAACCCCCCCGCCCCAGCGCACCCUUGGCGGACCCCCCCCGCCCCAGCGCACCCUUGGCGGACCCCCCCCGCCCCAGCGCACCCUUGGCGGACCCCCCCCGCCCCAGCGCACCCUUGGCGGACCCCCCCGCGCCCCAGCGCACCCUUGGCGGACCCCCCCGCGCCCCAGCGCACCCUUGGCGGAACCCCCCCCGCCCCAGCGCACCCUUGGCGGAACCCCCCCCCGCCCCAGCGCACCCUUGGCAGACACCCUCCCACCCCAGCGCACCCUUGGCGGAAUCCCCCCCUCCCGCCCUAGCGCACCCUUGGCUGAACCCCUCCGCCCCAGCGCACCCUUGGCGGGGACCUCCCCACACACCCAGCGCACCCUUGCGCACCCUUGGCUGAACCCCACCCCCCGCCCCAGCGCACCCUUGGCGGGGACUCCCCUCCCCAGCGCACCCUUGGCGGAACCCCCCCCGCCCCAGCGCACCCUUGGCGGACCCCCCCCGCCCCAGCGCACCCUUGGCGGACCCCCCCGCGCCCCAGCGCACCCUUGGCGGACCCCCCCCGCCCUUGUGCACCCUUGGCGGAACCCCCCCCGCCCCAGCGCACCCUUGGCGGAACCCCCCCGCCCCAGCGCACCCUUGGCGGAACCCCCCCCGCCCCAGCGCACCCUUGGCGGACCCCCCCCGCCCCAGCGCACCCUUGGCGGACCCCCCCCGCCCCAGCGCACCCUUGGCGGACCCCCCCCGCCCCAGCGCACCCUUGGCGGACCCCCCCGCGCCCCAGCGCACCCUUGGCGGACCCCCCCGCGCCCCAGCGCACCCUUGGCGGAACCCCCCCCGCCCCAGCGCACCCUUGGCGGAACCCCCCCCCGCCCCAGCGCACCCUUGGCAGACACCCUCCCACCCCAGCGCACCCUUGGCGGAAUCCCCCCCUCCCGCCCUAGCGCACCCUUGGCUGAACCCCUCCGCCCCAGCGCACCCUUGGCGGGGACCUCCCCACACACCCAGCGCACCCUUGGCAGACCCCCCCCCCCGCGCCCCAGCGCACCCUUGGCGGGGACCCCUCCACACCCACCGCACCCUUGCGGACCCUUGGCUGACCCUUCGCGGAACCCCCCGACCCCAGCGCACCCUUGGCUGACACUUGGCGGAACCCCCCGCCCCAGCGCACCCUUGGCUGAACCCCACCCCCCGCCCCAGCGCACCCUUGGCGGGGACUCCCCUCCCCAGCGCACCCUUGGCGGACCACCCCCUCCUCACCGUCUCCCCGCUCGCCCACCUCCUGCUGCAGGAAGGAGUCGGGGAAGCACCUGGCUGUCUCCCGAGGCCUCCAUCCAGACCGACCCGGGCUCCGGUGUUUGUGCCUCGGAGAGUCCAGACCAGGAUGCUAAUCUCAUGUUUUCCCGGAUACUUCGUGUAUGUUUCUUGCUGCUUCAUACUGCUCACUAUACCAGACAUUGGAGAUAA